AAAAUUAAAAUAAAAAAAUUUUUAAAAACAAAAAAAUACUUAUAAAAACAGUUGAACACGACAUUUGCUCGCAAAUAUCCCAAACAUUUGUUUUUAAAACCAAAAGUAAUAAUCCAUAAUAAUAAAACGCUGCAUAAUAAUACUCACAUCAAACGAGAGUUUCGAGAUUUUUGGUUUUUCUUAUUGUUCCUUAGAACGAAAUAGACCUACGGUGCAUUAUGUAGAAGAGAAACUGAGUACGUGACUUCUAACAAUUUGUGUGAGACCUUUUUUUUGAGAAUUUGCGAUUUUGUUUUACUCAUAACAGCCAAAAGAGUAUACUCGAUGCAUUUGUUUGACUACUUUACACAGGGGAUCGUGCCAUUUCGAUUGGAAAUUCAAUGGAUUCAAAUUUAUUCGGUUUGGUCAUUAUUUUCCGUCAAGAAGCCGUUGUCACCUUUCGCCAAAUUUCGCCAACUCGAUCGACAAAACAGUGCCCCCAUAUCACCGAGUACUCCAAAAUCACCUGGCAAAGAUGUUUUGUUCAAGUUCACCGAUCCUGUUGUCCAAAACAACGCGGUGCAGAUAAAAGAGCGUCUACUGUCGUGGUGCAGAUCAAAGACCAAAGAAUACGAGAACGUUCAGUUGGAUAAUUUCUCGACGAGCUGGAGCAACGGAUUAGCAUUUUGUGCUCUGCUUCAUCACUUCAGGCCCGAUGCUUUCGACUAUCACAGUCUGCGGCCAGAGGAUCGUAGAAAAAAUUUUCAUCUGGCGUUCACGAAAGCCGACGAAAUCGCGGGUAUCGCGCCGUUGCUCGACGUCGAGGAUAUGGUAGUGAUGCGUCGCCCGGAUUGGAAGUGCGUCUUCACUUACGUCCAGUCGAUAUACCGUCGUUUCAAGGACGAGGAUUAGCGGCUGGGAGAGCAAAACUCGUGGUUUGGCACCUCGAUCGUCAACGUGUCAAACUCCGUUCUGCUUAAAAAAGAAAAAGAGUUUAAAUCUAUUGAGUUGUGUAUUAAAGAAAAAGAAAUCGCGUUGCUGCUCAUCGUUUAUGCGUACCUCGUUCGUGGUUGCGAUUGUUAGUUAUUUUUGUUUUGUUACGAAGGUUUGGCGGGAAGAAUAUUCGCAAUGUGUAUGACAAAGAGUUUUUUUUCAUAUUAUUUUGUUUAAUUGUUGAAGCGAUACUAAUCACACUGGGCUGUCGAUAAAAUAUUUAUUUUACUGUUAUUUAAAAUAUAUUGAAGAGAAAGAAAAAACGUGUAGGAACGUCGUUGAAGUUUCCAGUGAACGGUUGGAAUAAUUACUAUUCGCUUAUUAGAUUACAGAGGUGCAAAGUGAUGUGUUUAUAUUACUUUGAUUGAAUAGUGGACUGUGAGCUCUCUCGAUACCAAAAAUCAAAUACAGAAAUAACACUGUUAACUAACACUAUCGUUCAUCGCAGUGUUCGUUGACGUACGGUGCUUCGACGCUCAGGUAUUUAGUUAAAAAAUAAUACAAAAAACGAACAAAGUAAAAACAGAUUUACUUCGUUCCAGGAACUCACCAAGCUCGCAAUAGUGAAUAGUAAUUGACGUGGUAUUUACGACUAUUAUCAUAUGUUUAAACACGAAUCUGUGUCAGUCAUGUAUCUUAUUUUUUACGUUUAGAUACUAUAUGAGAAUUGAUGGAGAAUUUUAUUUGUAAAAAAAAAGAAAAGAAAAUGAUACGAUUGGGCUAUCUAUGCAGGCACACGGUCCGGGAAGAGAGAUCAAUUCCGCUAAAGAACGCUGUCCUCCAAAGAAUUGUUGAUGUCACUCCGGUCUUCGCCAAUCAUUUCCUGAAACAUCCAAUAGGUUUGUUACAUAACAGAGAUAAUGCAGAGAUGAGAGUUUCUUGUUUCUUUUUUGGUUAAUAUGAAUAUUUGAAAAUACAACGAACCUGCAAAACUUC